CAGGGAUUGAUCCAUAGAAACGUCCUCCUUCAGGAAGCUUUACGUCAAAGCCGUGAUGAUCACAAUCGCGAGCUUCGAUCGCGCCGAACGUGGCAGGACAAAGCCAAUUGUCUGUAUGAGGACUCAGCUUCUCUUCGCAGAGUAAUGGAAUCGAACUCAUUCGUUUUUGUUAUCAUUGACGGCGAUGGUGCCAUCUUUCAAGAAGCUUUACUGAAGAAGGGUGCCGAAGGUGGUGCCGAAGCUAGCCAUCUCCUGCGGACAGAGAUAAAGAGCUACGUUACCGAAGCCUACCCCGAGGUUGUCAGCCAAGACUGAAACAUACUCGUACAAGUGUUCCUCAACAUGGCCGGCCUCGCCAAGAGGCUCCAUGCCUCCGGUAUCAUUCCUUUUACCACUACAGAGAGAAUUCUCAUUGAGUUCGGACGCGGCUUUGGCCGCGCACAGCCUCUGUUCAGUUUCAUCGAUGUCGGCACGGGAAAAGAGUCCGCCGACCAUAAGAUCCGUGAGAUGCUUCGCAUCAUGGUACGCGUCGGCCAGUGCAAGCACGUCUUCUUCGGCCCUUGCCACGACAACGGCUACCUGACGGUCCUCGAGCCGUACAAGCUAGACGAUAAGGUAGCUCCAAAGUUCACUCUCAUCGAGACGACGCCCGCCGAGGAAGGCUUCAAACAGCUCAAGUUCCAUAGAAUCAUGUUCAAAUCUGUCUUCAUGUCCAAAAAGCUUCUCGACAGGGUCCGGCGACCGACGAGAGCGAGCACACCUCUCCCUCUAUCUACGACAACAACUACCAUUCCCCCUGCCGCUAUCCCGUCGCCUGAUCCUUCCCACAUCGGCUCUGCCAGCAACAGCGCUCCUCUACAAUCGACGACGGCCAUACCGAUUCGCAACACCAAUCCGCCUUCCAGCGGCUCUCAGACGCCCAUGUCUACUGUGCCUACACUUACGCGCGUCUCGACGGCGCCCAAGCCCAUUGACGUUUUUUCUAAGAAGAAGACGACGCUGCCGAAAUACUACCUGAUGCACGCCGACGACCAGCGCAUCGACGAGCCGCUACCAAAGGUCGACCCUACGGUAGAGAAGCGGUUCAAUAUGCGCAUGGCGGGCCUGGGCAAAAACCUUUGCAACGACUACCACCUGCAUGGCGAGUGUAAGCACCCAGGCUGUACUUACGUCCACGGCAACAAGCUCAGUGCUAGUGAGAUUAUACUGUCGAAGCAAAAGUCCCGCGGCAUCCCCUGCAAUGUGGGUUCCGAUUGCGAUGACGUAAAUUGCACAUUUGGCCAUCACUGUAGAUGGCUCAAGGACUGCACUCAUGGAUACUGCCGUUUCGAGGGCUACCACGAUAUCAACCUUAAGCCGCGGACCAAACACUUUGAGGAUGGCAGUACGAAGAUUGUUGAUAAGAUUUAAGAUAACACCGAUCAUUUAUCACUCAACUAUAUCAAGAAAGGAAAAUAGUAGAUGUA